AUGAUUCACCGAGACUCACCUGUCUCGGUAGUGCUUGCAGUUUCGACCGCGGAUGUGGGGCCGUCGCGCUGCCUUGAACAGCGGCAGCACCUUACGAAACUGUCUUCUCUCUCGAGCAACGACCGCAAGACUUCUACGUCACCAAACCAUCGCAGCUCGCAAAAUGGCUUCGAGGUCCAGAUCCAGAUCGCCUGGCGACCGCCAUGGCUCCCGAACCCGAUCGCCGACUCCGCGUUCCGACAGAGGUCGCUCUGCCUCACGUUCGCCAGUUCGCCGCCGGGACUACGAUUCGCGUUCGCCGUCGCGUUCCCAGUCGCCAGCCCCGCGACGCAACGGGAGAUACCGCAGCGAAAGUCGCAGCCGCAGCCGCGGACGCAGCCAGAGCCCUGUUGUCAGAAGCACCAAGACAUCUUGCACCAGAUUGUCGUCGAGCGCUUGACCAAGAACAUCAACGAGGGACAUCUUGAGGAGAUCUUCAGCCAAUUUGGUCCUAUCAAAGACCUUGACCUGCCUAUCAAUAGAACAUACGGCACCAACAGAGGCACUGCCUAUAUUCUCUACGACCACGAGGCCGACGCCGAGGAGGCUAUUGCUCACAUGCACGAGGCUCAGAUUGAUGGCGCCGUUAUCAACUCCUGCCCCGGCGCAAGCUGUCCCCGCCGCCUCCCAUGGCUCGCCGCGGUGCAGGCUACGACCCCAGGCUUCCAGCCCCCGCUGGUCGAGGCAGCGGCAGGCAGUCGGGCGCACCUCAUGUCGGGGCCUCGGGUCCCGGAUCCUUUGGCCAGAACGGACCCCGUCGCGGUGCUUCGCCUCCACCGAAUCGUCGGGGGCCUAGAUCCGAUACCUACCGCCCGCGAUCCGUCUCUCGCUCCCCCUCGCGGUCUCCUGCGGGUGCACCUCCAUCUCGAGGUGGAGGCAGCAGGUACAGAAGCCGUUCGAGAUCUUACUCAAGAUCUCGCUCGCCAGCCCCGAGACGCGGCGCAGGUGCGCGCGGAAAUGAGUACCGCAGAAGGAGUCCGAGUCGAGACAGCUACGACAGUUACGAGAGCCGUCGAACUCGCUCCCCCAGCCGUAGCCGUGAUCGUGGCCCUCGCAUCGGUGCUGGUGGAAGUGGUGGCGGUGGCGGUUUCCGGGGCUAUCGAUGAAUUCACCAGGGACGAUGAAAUGGAGAUGCUCGGCAUGUUAUGGGCGGCAGAUUAUUUGUGA